UAUCCAGGACAGGAUUUUGUGCUAGCACAGGUUGAUUUUACUGCCAAGGUAUUUCCGGUGCUCUGAGAUAACUACGGUUAAUCAAUGUUGGAAGUUUUAGAACAUAAUCUCCACCGUGGGCUGUCCUCUUGUGUACCGGCACCUGGAUCGAAAGAAGUAGGCAAGCAAGCAGGCAGAGUGGAACAGCUUACAAGGAAACGCAGCCACAUGAUGUCAGGGAAGUGUAUUACAGUACUCUUUUUGGUUCUGGGCUCUGGCUUGGGCUCAGGGUCCUGUGGGAAGGUGCUGGUCUGGCCAGCUGAUAACAGUCACUGGCUCAAUGUAAAGUCCAUUUUAGAAGAGCUCGCAGACAGGGGCCAUGAGGUGACUGUGCUGUUGUCUUCAUCCUUUCUGGGCACAGAUCCCACCAGACUUUCCCCUUUCAAUUUUGAGGUGAUCCCUGUGCCAUUCACAAAGGAGGAUAUGGCGUCCCUGAUGGAAGACUUUCUCCACAUGUGGGUUUAUGAACUGCCCAACUUUUCAUACUGGGAGACCACUUCCAGGAUGUGUAACUUAAUAUCACGGUUCGUGUCUAUAAACAAAGCAACUUGUGAUUCAGUGGUGUGGAAUGAGGAGCUGAUGAAGAUGCUGAGAGAGGCUGCCUUCGACAUUCUCCUUGCAGAUCCAUUAGUGCUGGGUGGGGAGCUAGUGGCAGAGAAGCUUGGAGUCCCAUUUGUCUAUACUUUCCGGUUCUCUAUGGGGAACACAGUGGAGCGGCUGUGUGGGGGGCUUCCAGCCCCUCCGUCGUACGUGCCUGCCAGCAUGGGGGGACUGAUGGACAGGAUGUCCUUCAUGGAGAGGAUGAAAAACAUGCUCUUUUAUGCUCUUCAGGAUGUUCUGUUUCACCAGGUUUUUUGGAGAGAAUGGAGUCAGUACUACAGCGAUGUUUUAGGAAGGCCCACGACGCUGUGUGAAACGAUGGGCAAAGCAGAGAUGUGGCUGAUCCGAACGUACUGGGACUUUGAAUUCCCUCGCCCUUUCCUGCCUAACUUUGAGUUUGUCGGGGGACUCCACUGCAAGCCUGCAAAGCCUUUACCUGAGGAAAUGGAAGAGUUUGUCCAGAGUUCAGGGGAACAUGGUAUCGUGGUGUUUUCUCUUGGCUCGAUGGUUUACAACUUAACUGAGGAGAAAAGUAACAUGGUUGCCUUGGCCCUCAGCCAGAUUCCACAAAAGGUCCUUUGGAGGUACAAAGGGAAGAAACCAGAAACGUUAGGACCCAACACGAGGAUUUAUGACUGGAUACCCCAGAAUGACCUGCUUGGCCAUCCCAAGACCAAAGCCUUUAUUACUCACGGUGGAACCAACGGGAUCUAUGAAGCGAUCUACCAUGGGAUUCCCAUGGUUGGGAUUCCCAUGUUCGCUGACCAGCCGGAUAACAUUGCUCACAUGAAGGCGAAAGGGAUGGCAGUCGAACUGGAUUUUAACACAAUGCAAACCCAGGAUUUAAUCGAUGCAUUGAAUAUGGUCAUUAACAACUCCAGCUAUAAAGAAAAUGCAGUGAGGUUAUCUGAGAUUCACCACGACCAGCCCAUAAAGCCUCUGGACCGAGCUGUCUUCUGGAUCGAAUUUGUCAUGCGCCACCAAGGGGCAAAGCACUUGAGACCAGCAGCUCACGAGCUCACCUGGUACCAGUAUCACUGCCUGGACGUCCUGGCGUUCUUGCUCGUCUGCGCAGCAGUUGCUGUUUUCAUUGCUGUCAGGUGCUGCUUGUUUUGCUGUAAGAAAUGCGGUAGGAUUGUAAAGAAAAAGAAAACGGAGUAGAUUUGCUGUUCCCAUUGGCCACGCUUGUCUCUGGUUAGGCCGUGGUUCAGCCAGGGACUUCAACUUGUUCGUGGUCCUGUUGAUCUAGGCAUAUGCUGAAAAUGAGGCGCAUGCUGCAAUACCCAUGCGUAAUCAGGGCCAUGUUCUGGUGAAGUGGUAUCAGGAAAGCUGCACACUUAGCGAAUGUGAUGUUUACAGUAACUUCCUUUUGGCUUGAAUAAGAAUGAAUCAUUAGCUUAAGCCACCAAUCGGACUCCUUCGGUGAUUACACAGGGCUUGUCGUAUGCUAACUGUGGCAAUGACGUUCAGAAUGUAACUUUCCGGAGACUUUAUUUUAAAAGGAUAAAGCCCCAUAUGUUUUAGGUCCUUUGCUGUCUUCCACCUGCGGGUAUUAAAGUUGAUUUGCCCACCCUG